GCCGAGUCGACCCCUAGGAGAGAAGCCUGCAGCCGGCCCCUCUCAGGCUGUAGGAGAAACAAGUUUAAGAGGCCUUAGCCCUGCAGGAACGACAGCUGCUACAGCAGAGGGGGAGGGAGAGCUUUCUGCUGCUUCCGAAGAACGACGAGGCAGGGUCAGGGCAGGACUGCCAAGGGAGUGACCGCGCCGGCCCGGAUCACUGGCGAGCUGCCCGCUUUCUAUUCCCAGCGCCCGGGGACGCGCGCGAGGUUCCUGAGAAUACUAACCGGGUCCGCCCAGCGCCAGCCCUGCCCUCUGACCCGGGCCCUUUGCCCCCGGAGGCGGCCCUGCAGGCGGCCGAGCCCCCGGGGCCGCCCCAGGGGCCGAGCCUGGCCAGCAGGUGACCGGCAGGCAGCGCCGCCCGGCUCGCACGCCCCUUUUGCGGGUCUCUGCCCGGAGUUACGCCGGGUGCCGGGCAAUCGGCGCGCCCGUUUGACUCUCCGCCUUCUUAGGGUUGGCUGCGGUCUCCCCGCCGACCUCCCCAACACUCGCGCGCCCCACGUCAUCAAGGCAGCGGGGCCGGGAGCAGGCCAGGGCCUGGAGGGGCUUCCUCUCCUCGGCCCCCAGCCCCAGCGUGGGGUACAGGCGGGCCUUGUGGCCUCCCCUCGCGGGUCCUGGACGGAGGAGGACAGCCUGGCUGGGAGGAGGACUGUGUGUUGGAACUUCCUUCGGCGCCCAGCAGACUGUCUUACUUGCAGCCGGGCGCUCAGUGAUGGUAUACGUGACAGUAAAAGCCCACGGCUUUAUUUGAGCAGCGAUCUCCGCUUCCGACUCCCUCUUCCUUCUUCUUGACCCAGAAAAUGGUGCACGCUCCCUUUAAGACCAAAAUGGUGGCGCGCUGGGAUCAGGACUCCACUUCCGGUGGGUAGGGGGGCGGGACCCCAGCCCGCUCACGCCGGAAGUGCUUUGAGUUUCCAAGAUGGCGACUCCCUAUGUAACCGACGAGACCGGCGGCAAGUACAUCGCCUCAACACAGCGACCCGACGGGACCUGGCGCAAGCAGCGGAGGGUGAAGGAAGGCUACGUGCCCCAGGAGGAGGUCCCCGUGUAUGAAAACAAGUACGUAAAGUUUUUCAAGAGUAAACCAGAACUCCCCCCAGGGCUGAGCCCUGAGGCCACCGCGCCGGCCGCCGCGUCCAGACCCGAAGGCGGUGAGCCAGGCCUCUCCAAGACAGCCAAGCGCAACCUGAAGCGGAAGGAGAAGAGGCGGCAGCAGCAGGAGAAAGGAGAGGUCGAGGCCUUGAGCAGGACUCUGGACAAGGUGUCCCUGGGGGAGCCAGCCGCGCCGCCCAGCGCGCCGCCCGGCCCCCAGGCAGCGCCCACAGGCGCCUCGGACCCGCCCGACGCCGCCGGCGCCGCCGAGAGAGCCAGGAAGAUUAAGAACCUGAAGAAGAAGCUGCGGCAGGUGGAGGAGCUGCAGCAGCGGGUGCAGAGCGGCGAGGUCAGCCAGCCCAGCCGGGAGCAGCUGGAGAAGCUGGCGCGGAGGAGGGCGCUGGAGGAGGAGCUGGAGGACUUGGAGCUGGGCCUGUGAGCGCGCCAGGAGGACCGGACUGCAGAGCAAACCGCCGCCUCGCUCCAGGGGAGUGGGAGCGCCGCAGCAGGAGGGGCGCCCGCCGGCUCUCUCCCGCCUCGCUCCCGGAGCGUAGCCCUCCCUCAGCCCGUCCUCUUCCCAGCGCCUAUAUUUUGGACUUUCUCCUUCCCAUCCCCCCGUUCAAAACCUCGGUGACUGCCCCAGGUACCUGACUUGGGUGUCUCGUUCAAAAGAAAAUCGGGUGAGUGGGGUCUGGGAGAGCCGAGGUGGAGGAUGGAGGAGCGCACCCAGGUCUUGGAUUCUCGGUUGCUGUUCAGUGUUUAUGAGUUACUUCUUUGUCUACCCCAACCCACACCUUUUUUUUAAGAACAAAAAUAAACUCAGAGUAGAACAACA